UAAAUAAUUCAGAAAGUUGAUGCCCUCAUAGCGCAGUUAAUACGGUAGCCCAGCAGCAUGGGUUUGGCCAGAGCAGCGGCGUGUUUAUCUCUCGUCAGGAGCUUCAGUCAAACAGCGAUGGCCCAGUACAAAUUCAUCGAUAUCGGUGUGAACCUGACAGAUCCCAUGUUCAGAGGAGUCUACCGAGGGAAACAGAAACAUGACGAUGACUUUGAUCAGAUCAUCGACAGGGCUGUGAAAACCGGGGUCCAAAAGUUCCUGAUCACAGGAGGAAGCCUGGAGGACAGCAGGGAGGCUCUGAGGCUCGCUGAGACCCGAGAGGAGUUCUUCAGCACGGUCGGGUGUCACCCCACUCGCUGUGUGGAGUUUGAGCGGAGCGGCUCUGAGCUCUACCUGUCUGGUCUGGGCGAGCUGGCGGCGGCUCACCGGGGGAAGGUGGUGGCUGUGGGAGAGUGUGGCCUCGAUUUCGACCGCUUGGAGUUUUGUCCCAAAGAGACUCAGCUCAGGUUCUUCGAGCAGCAGUUUGACGUGGCAGAGGAGAGCCGGCUGCCCAUGUUCCUCCACUGCAGGAACUCCCAUCAGGCCUUCGUGGACAUCAUGAAGAGGAACCGAGACAGAUGUGUCGGAGGAGUGGUUCACUCGUUUGAUGGAAGUGCAGAAGAGGCCGCUGCGCUCAUCGAGCUGGACCUUUACAUCGGAAUCAACGGCUGCUCCUUGAAAACGGAGGCCAACAUUGAAGCCAUGAAGUCGAUCCCCACUGAGAGGCUGAUGAUAGAAACAGACGCUCCGUGGUGCGGCGUGAAGAACACGCACGCCGGCUCCAAGCACGUCAAAACCACAUUUCCCACGAAGAAGAAGUGGGAGGCGGGGCACUGCCUGAAGGACCGCAACGAGCCCUGCCACAUCGUACAGGUGCUGGAGGUGAUGGCGGCGGCCAGGGGAGAGGAUCCGGUCGAGCUCGCCAGCGCCAUCUACAGCAACACCCUCAAACUGUUUUUCAGCUCCAGCUCAUGAAAACCUGCUGAUUUUUGUUGUUGCCUUGCUGUCGCCGCUCUCUGACGCUCCACACGGACUGACAGAAGUGUGUGUCAGCGCCGCCUCGUCCCUGUAAAAUAAAGAUUUCCAUUUUACA